AUGGGCAUGGGCGGUGACGCACCUCCGCUGAAAACUCCAGCAGCCAAGGCCGUGGAUGAGGUGGUGGAAGAACUCGGGUUUGGCCUGUAUCAGCUGGUGCCUCUUUUCCUGACCGGGGGCAUCUUCCUCGCGGAGGGUGCUGAGAUGCUGAUCAUGGGUUCUAUAACUUCGCUUCUUCACCGGCAUUGGGACCUUGAUCCUGUGCUUCGAGGUGGCAUGGUGUCAAUAGUUUUCAUCGGAUUCUCGGCCGGUAACUUUCUAUCAGGCCAGGUAGGGGACCGCUUUGGACGGCGAACUUCUAUCUUGCUGUCGUAUGCGUUGAUUGCACUUUUCGGCUUUGCCACGGCGUGCUCUCAGGGGCCCCUCUUGAUGCUGUGCCUGCGCUUCUUUGUGGGCGCCGGCUGCGGUAUUGGCUUUCCUGCUGCGUACUCGCUGAUGCCAGAGGUGGCCCCUUGCGGAUGGCGAAGCAGCUUGAGCACCUUGAUGAUCGGCUUCAUGCCGCUGGGGGAGCUGAUCGGCGCUUCGGUGGUUUUGCUGGUGGAUCCUGAGUUGGACAACUCGGCUCGCGGCUGCAGCGUCAGCACUUACUACCCAUCCAGGGCGCUUCUGGAGCCAGAGACCUGUGCGUGGAAGACCCUUUGUGAGAUGAGCGCCAUCCCGGCAUUCAUGUUCUUCAUUCUUGCCUGCAAGUUCCUGGACGAAUCUCCUCAAUUUCUGGCAGGCUGCGGUCGCUAUCAGGAAUGUGAGGAGGUGUUGCAGAGGAUGGCCAAGCUGAACGGAGGCAAGCUGGACGUCUCCAAGCUGCGCGCUGCCUUCGACUUGGAUGCCACAGGUGAUGGCAGCCCGAUUAUGGAGAGGAGCUAUUCCUUUGUCAGCGCAGUGGACCUGUUGUGGCAGCACCAUUUUUCCGUGGCGGCUUUCAUGUGCUUGGCACAUGUGGCGAAGGAUUUCAGCUUGUUCGGCCUGUCCUAUAUGCUGCCACAGUAUUUCGCAUUUCUGAAGGGGCUCGUCGCUGGAGUGGAGUUGCUGGUGGUGGCUUUGCUCGCUCUGCCUGGUGUGCUGGUCACAUUUCUUUGCUCCAGGAUGCCCAAUGUGUCGCUGGUGUACAUGAUGUCCUGCAGUGGCCUCUUAGGCAGCUUGUGCGCCCUGGGGAUGCUGCAGGGGGCUCCUGUCGCCUUGGCAGCGCCAGCGGCAUACCUGGUCAAGAUCCUGGCAAUGUCCUUCUUCGUAUUCACGGUCACCUACACUGCCGCGGCCUUCCCCACUCGGGUGCGGCAGACGGCAGUGGGGUUCUGCACUGCAGCUGGCCGGAUGGGAUCCAUCAGUGCGCCGCUAGUAUUUGAGCUCGGCAAGGAAAUGUCAGGAGGAUUCGAUGUCUUCAUUGGAUGUCUCAUCGCUUUGCUGCUGACGGUCUCUCUUGCUGCUCCACUUGCGCUACCGAAGUGGGGGCACGGCGAUCCUCAGGCAGACCUGAUGGAGCCGAUCUCCGACGUGAAGGAUUACGGGAGCAUCAAAGGCUGUGCCUGA